UUGACACUGAGAGAACGAAGAACUCUCUAGCAAUAGCAGGCGACGAGAGAUCGCGAAACAGAAACAGCGCGAAUCCGUAGGGGACGAGAUUAAUAGAGGCGAAAGCGAGAAAACAAUCCGCAAUCUGAAAAGAUGCCGGUGAUGGAGAAGCUGAAAAUGUUUGUGGUCCAAGAGCCUGUCGUCGCUGCUUCUUGCCUUAUCGCCGGUGUUGGACUCUUCCUCCCAGCAGUGGUAAGACCUAUACUGGACUCUUUUGAAACAUCCAAGCAAGUACCUCCACCUGCCUUAAGUGAUGUAGUUGCUGGUGUGACAGGAAAGAAACAGGGUUGAGACUGACCAGAAGACAUGGUGCUUUCUUAAAUGUGCUCAGGAAUAGAAAUAAGUCUCUGAAAUGUUUAUCUUGGAUUGAGGGUGCUAUAUAUUUCACAUUGAAUACGCAAGAAACAUUGCAUUUACAUGAAGCUUCCUUUGCUACCUAUUUGUGUAAUUCCACAUUGCUUUGACGUCAUUUUUUGACAUUAUUGCCCACAUGUUGGCUUCCGAUGUUUACAUGGAAAAUAGUAGUUUUGCAUCGA